AUGGAUGAAUGGGUUCCACUCCAUGAGCGAAAAGAAUGACAAGAUGUCGUCCCAAUUCCUGAGUUUUCUCCUAAAGCUCCUAUUGCUCCCAUAAAAUACUCGCCAGAAUGUAAAAAAUAUUUAGUUGAUGAAAUCAUGUCUUAUUUUCGAGCCAUCUUACAAUCCCAAGAAGUUUCUGAAAGAGCCUUCAAGCUUACUACAGAAACAGUCAAUGCAAGUCCUGGAUUUUAUACAGCAUGGCACUAUAGGCGGUUUUUAUUAGAUAAAUUAAACAUAUCAAUCGUUGAUGAGCUUAAUUUUUUGACAGAACUCGCAUCAAAUCAUCCCAAAAACUAUCAGAUUUGGUACUAUCGUAGAGAAUUAAUGAACAAACUGCAAAAUCCGUCAUCAGAAUUGGAGUUUGUAAAUAUGAUGCUUGAAAUCGAUGAAAAAAAUAUUCAUGCUUGGGGAUAUAGAGCUUUCCCUUUAGUUUCUUAACAUUAUUUGUUUAGAAAAUACAAUCAAUCUUGAAAUCUUUUUUAUUUAUAUAUACUAAAAAAUGCAAGGCAAUUGAAGGGAAAAUGCAUAUAGACAAUGGGUUAUUCAAAAAUUCAAUCUAUGGGAAGAUGAGCUUAAAUUCACUGAUGAAUUGAUUCAAAGAGAUCCAAGAAAUAACUCAGCAUGAAGCGAGCGCUAUUUUGUGAUAUCAAAAACAGAAAAUCUAAAUGAUUUUGAAGUCAAGAUGAGGGAAAUUAGUUAUGCCUUAAAUUCUAUCGAAGAAAUCCCAGCUAAUGAAAGUGCAUGGAAUUACAUAAGAGGAUUGUAUGUAGAAGAACUAUCAGAUGAAAUCAAAAAAGUGAUGGUAAAAAUUAUUGAUAAUAAAGGAUAUAAAUGUAUAGCCCAUACCCCUAUAUAGAUUUAUUUAUCGAACAAAAUGCAAUGGACGGUUGAGCGACCAAGAAGACUCUCUAAAGGGACGAACUGGAUCUCUAUCCAAGAAAUGUUAAAAAAUUGCAUGCCAAAUAAUGGCUGACAAGUUAAAAAAGUUACCAAGCAAGCGUGCCAAUUUUUAAAGUGGUUUUAUUAUGUUAAUUUUUAAUUUAAGGUAGGAAAUAAUAAAUAUAAAUUAUUAUUAUGAGCCAUUAAGAACUUUAUAAAGAACAAUGAGCAUGCAAUACAAACUUUGGCUUUUAUAGAGCAUUUGAUGAUAAACAAAUUCGCAUUGUUUAUUUAAAAAUCUACUUAAUUUAACUUAAUUUACUUUCAAAGUUUAAAUUCUCCAGAAAAUAGAAAAAAAUAGGUGAAUACUGAUAAAUGUCAGUCUAAAUGGGUAUCUUUAAAUUUAAAAUUAAUUUAAUAAUAAAGCCAUUUUUUAAAAAUUAGUGCGCUUGCUGUCAACUUUUUCAUCCUUGCCAACAAUUUUUUAAUUUUUAACGUGGUAUAGAGAUCCAGCUCGUCCCUUUGAGAAACUGAUUUGGCCAUUGCAUUUUGCUCGAUAAAGAAAUCUAUAUAGGGGUAUGAGCUGUAUAUCUAUUGCAAUGCCUAGAAUUUAUAUAUAACAAACAAAGGAAAGGGGACUUGGAGACUGUUGUGUGCAAGCUGCUCCAAUCAGUGGAUUAUAUAAGAAAAUCAUAUUGGAAGUGGAGAGAAACAUCAGCAAAAGGAAAGAAUUUAAGCAGGUCUGCCAUAGAUUUGCAGCUGAUUCCUAUGCUAAUCCCAAAACAACCUUUCUCAAGUGUGAUGGCACUUUAUUACAGUCAAGCUUUAAGUUAA